AUGGAUCAUGUAGAUAUUAGGCAACUAGUGAAGAAAGCACAAUCAAUUAAGGCGACAGGAGGAAAGGACUGUAACAAACAAGCAAGUCAAGCAUCAAAGGUGAGGAAGACUGAUGGAUCCUUAUUUGUUGGAGCAUUUUGCCAAUCAAAUGUUGGAGAUGUGUCACCAAAUGUUCUUGGAGCCUUUUGCAUCGACACUGGAAAGCCUUGUGACUUCAACCAUUCUUCAUGCAAUGGCAAUGACCAACUUUGUGUAGGCAGGGGACCCGGGUACCCGAAUGAAAUAUUAAGUACAAAGAUCAUAGGUGAAAGGCAAUUUAAAAGUGCUAUGGAACUGUUUCAGUCGGCUUCAAAUGAACUGGUAGGGAAGAUUGAGUACCUCCAUGUGUACCUGAACUUCACAAACAUUCAGGUUGAAUUGGAUAGCAACAAGGUGGUUAAAACUUGCCCAGCAGCACUUGGUCCUGGUUUUGCAGCUGGCACUACAGAUGGGCCAGGUGCUUUUGGGUUUCAACAAGGUGAUACAAAGAUUAGUCCAUUUUGGAAGAAUGUGAGGGAUUUCUUAAAAGAACCAAGCCAAUAUCAAGUGGACUGUCAAAACCCAAAGCCAAUUUUGUUGAGCACUGGUGAAAUGUUUGAUCCAUAUCCUUGGGCGCCAGCAAUUCUUCCAAUUCAAAUUCUAAGAUUGGGAAAGUUGAUCAUUCUUACUGUACCAGGAGAGUUUACAACAAUGGCUGGUAGAAGGCUAAGGGAGGCAAUGAAAGAGACAUUAAUAUCUAGAAGCAAUGGAGAAUUCAAUAACGAAACACAUGUGGUUAUAGCAGGACUUACAAAUACUUACUCACAAUAUAUUGCAACUUUUGAAGAAUAUCAGGACCAACGGUAUGAGGCUGCUUCAACAUUGUAUGGUCCUCACACAUUAUCUGCAUACAUCCAAGAAUUCAAGAAACUAGCACAAGCAAUGGCUAAGGGACAAGGUAUCACUAUAAAUGGUCCUUCUCCACCAGAUCUCUCAUCUGCACAAAUAAGUCUCUUAGUUGGUCCCUUUGGAGACUCACCUCCAGAAGGAAUCAAAUUUGGUGACAUAAAGGAAGACAUAGCCUUUCCAAAAAAAGGUUAUUUUAGGAAGGGAGAUACACCAAGUGCUACAUUUUGGAGUGCUAAUCCAAGAUAUGAUCUUCUAACAGAAGGCACAUUUGCUUCAGUUGAGAGGCUGAAUGGGGAAAGAUGGGUUACUUCAUAUGAUGAUGAUGAUUUAAGCCUAUUUUUCAAGUGGAAACUAGAUAAUAGUUCCUUGCAUGGGUUAGCUACCAUAGAAUGGGAAAUACCAAAUGAUGUUGUUUCUGGAGUGUACAGACUAAGACACUUUGGAGCAUCAAGGAUCACCAUCAUCUCCCCUAUUAAUUACUUUACUGGUGCAUCAAGUUCAUUUGCAGUCCAAUAG